GGCAACCACGUCCAUCGACCUCUCCACGGACAGCCGCACACUCAAGUACGACUCUGCUGAUGAGGCCGACUCGCGCUUCCAGUCGGCCCCUGCUUCAGGUAGUAGCCGGUCUGGUUUGUUCUGUUGGAUUACAUAGCCACAUUAUCGAUGGCCCAUGUGGACUCAGCGCUUAAUCAGCGCUCGUGCCACAGCUUGGCCAGUGGCCACAGCCCAAGUCGACGAGCACUGGCAGUUGACCAGAGGACUUACCAUUAAGUACCGCUCGUGUACCAUCGAUCACGCCAGUCCAAAGGACCGCAUCGCCGUGACGACCUGUGGAAUCACGCGUAUGCGCUUAUUUGAUUUGUCCGUGACGUGGGUCCUUGUGCUUUUUCAGGUGCUUUUGUUUCCUUUGUUCUCCAAUUUGGCCAAAGCAGCCUCGUUGUGGCUUUGCCUAUUUUACGGACCGACCAUCAACGCCACACAUACCCACAUACCAACUCACCUUCGAACCACCAUCAUCAUGAACACUAUCGCCCUCCGAGCUCUCAAUCGCGCCCAACUGCAGCAGUUGGCCAGGACGCACGGGAUCAAGGCAAACUUGAAGAACGAAUCAAUCAUCCAGUUACUACUCAAACGUUUCGCGGAUGGUGUAGCGGAACAAAGCAACAACGCACCCACGCCACCGGCGGAUGCACAGAACACUGAGACACGCGAACCUACCACCAAAGACGGCGUGCCGACCGACCUGACCCCGCGCCGGCCCCGGUCGUUGACGUCCGCAGCUCCCGCGCAGCCGGCGUCGCACUCUGGCGGUGGCGACUUGCGAACGCCACUUCGGCAAGACGAACCAGAGGCCCGCCGAGACGACGAAGCCGAUGCCCAUCCGUCGAACCCGUCUGCGGCUGCGCAAGUCAGCAGCCCCAAGUCCCAACAAAGACCCAACCCGAGUAGCGGACCCUUGGCUCCCAAGGACCAGUCAGUGAAUACCACCGCACCUGCGAAUGUGGGAAUCGGUGGCCUUGCUGCUAGACAAAGCCAAGGCCGGGUCCAGAAGGCAGAAGAAUAUCGCCGUCGACGGUCGGCUCUAGAGCAGCAGAGGGACGGGAUGGAAGAAGAGGCGAAGAGAGCUGCGGCGCGGCUCCAGCGCCGCGAGGCGUACAAGUUGGGACACACCUCUCGCCGUCCCAGCCCGGAAGGGUUUCUAGAGGAACACGACGUGAUCUACGCGGUUCGGCUGAUGCGCAAGACGCACGGCAAUAUCGAGCACGAGUGGGACGCCCUCGAGACGAUGCAGCAGAAGGCAAAGGGGAUCAUCGACUCGGCGCGCAAGCUUACACAGACGGCCAUGAUCAGCCGUGCGGGCACCGAGCGAUACCUGAACUACUUCUCGUACUACCACCCGGUGGCCCGGAAGUGGCCUUUGAAGGAGGUCUGGGGCGAGGAUCCCAUGGCGGUGACGUUCCGAUACCAGGAGGACGGCAUGCGCGAGGAGAAUGGGGAGACCGGUACACUGCCUAUCCGUGUUCCCAAGCGAAAGGCUACCGAUGUUCCUACUCGGAGGAUACAUGUACGGGACGCAGCGACCAUCAGGAGGGAACGACGCGAGAAACUGAAUGCCUUAGUGACCGACAAGCGGAGGGGCGAGAUCUUCGAACAGCUGCGCGAAGAUUGGGACCCCGACUACAUGAACAGGUGGUUGUGGCGACGCCCUGAGGACCCAAAUGCCCCGUACUGCGGGCAGCCGCGGAAGCGAAGGAGGAUAAAAGGUCCCGACGAACAAAGGGCGACUAAGCCGGCGAGCAACAAGGACAAGAAGGUGGCGAACGAAGCUAGCGCCGCGAAUAGAGGAAAAGGAAAGGCCGUCGAGCGUGCUGUGGGCAUGGGCGACACUACGGCCACCAGCGAUGAUGAUACAAACACGCAAGAUUGUCAGACGGAAGCGGACAACGACCCGACAAAACCAUGCCCACAUUUCUUUUUCGACAAGACAGGCGUGGAUGUAGGGCCCUUCUCUGGGCAGAGCGGGAUGGAAUUGCUGAAAGAAUUAAACCAUACCAACGGGUCGCGCUUGACGCGGUGUGACCUCCCACUCGCGUACCUGCCCUUCAACGAGGAUUACAAGGGGGACGAGCCUAUCUCUACUUGGGCAAUCGGAUACUUGCUCCCAGAUGGUCGUGUCAUUCCAUUCUACCCGUUGUGGACUGCGGACUCGAGGGUGCCCGUAAUUUCACCCAACUUUGGCCAGUUCCCUCCUACCACCACGUCCGUCCAAGCUUUCCCCGUCGGGUUCGAUGCAUCUAGCAAUAUCGCGAGUCCUAGGUACGGCGACUUUGCCAAUACGGACCACCCCGCGCUGCGGAACUCGGACACUUGCAUAACAAAACAAUUCUUGAUCCCGUGCAACCCAUUCCAAGCACGGUAUCUUAGGCAUCUGUGUGGCUUCAUGGCCACGGAGUAUCCUGGGUUGAAGUGGUGGCAAGUCUAUCUGGCACACGAAGCUGGCCUCCUGCAGCUCAUUGCUAAGCACACACUUCCUAGCGGCCAAACGUGUCAGCCGAUGAUGGCAAACAAUGGUAGCGCGCCCCCCGCGAAUCCAGGUCGUACCGACGCUUCUCAUUCCAGUGGUGACGGCCAUGGCGGGCUCCCACCAUCGCCUACACCUGCUCGCAAUCGCUCUGCGCUCUCUGAUUUCGCCACAGCUCGUAGCGGCCCAUCGUCUCCGACACCAGCUACCCAGAUACCCCUUCAACCGGGACUUGGCGAAGCGAAGGCCGAUAACCAACACGAGUUGCCGAUGCUCAGAGCACGUCUGAGCAUGUAUUCCGAAAAUCCAACAUUCGACGUGGUCUGGCGGAGGGCCGUCUUCAAGGCGGACGACCCCUGCCAAUACUCUGCGCUGCGAGGUGACGAACACAUUGUGAAUUGGGUGUCAUACCGCGGUCAUGAGAACAACCCGCCAGCUAUUGGCCCUUUCCCCGGUCCUGUGGCGAAAGUUCCGUUUGACGUCGUCGACUCCAGGCUCGCCGCCCCCGCCGCCCCCGCCGCCCCUGCCGCCCCUGCCGCCCCUGCCGCUGUGCAGGUCGAUGAUGCCAUGCAGGUCGACGAUACGGACGAAAGUAACGACGAGCCCAUCUCCGGAGUUGCCGCUCGUGUCAUCAAUGCCGACCGAUCCUACGACCGGGACAGCGUUGCUGAGGCGCAAAAAUAUCUCAACGCCAGCAAACGGGUUUCUGCGCGUGACAACACCAACUCUCCUGUGUCGCGUGCUGGCCAAUACUCGACUCCUGAGCAUCCCUUCGAGGUCCCUACCGCGUCGUCACCUCUGCCGCCCUCCGAUCCCUUCCCACAAGACAAUACAGACUCUCUCGCAGAAGGCGCGGGUAUGGAGGUAUUUGCACGGCUCUCGGCGCUGCAGGAUCCCAUGCUCCGUCAGGCUGGAUCGCCGGUCAGAGGUCCGACUGAUCUUGUCACCGACCUCGGUCUCGUCGUGGACGCACCAGGUGUUGAUGCACGGGUGACGCGUCCGACCUUUUCACCGAUCCCGGAGGCAAGCGAAGACGAGGACAUGAUCGCGGAGCAAAGCAUCGAGUCCAUGCUCAUCACGAAGUCCGUGAGCCCUGAGUCUGGGCUUGCCAGACGCACGGACCACCAUGACGACGAUGUCCAGAAAGUCUCAUCGCCAAUCCCUCCUCCGAGGAGAUCUACCCGGUCAUGUAGUCGUCCUUUGCCUUCUGGCCAUCUGCUGAAGCCCGCGGCGCCAAGCCGUGCAGUCGUUGGGCCUCGAAGUCGAAGGAAGGUCAAGGACUUCAAGUAGGCGACCACGACCAGCCGAUUUGCUGAAUUGUACCACGAUAUUUCCGUUGUUGUAAGCUAUGCAUGUGUAGGGUAGUGUCCUUGUAUUGUGCCUCGCUGUUAAUUUCUGUUAGAUGUACGUGACUUCGUUUUGUACGGGGAUCAUUUCCAGCGCCGUCCUCAAAUACAGUGUCUUGCUGAGCUAUCCC